AUGGAGACGGCCGGCCCUGUGAGUGACACCUCUGAGGAUGACUUGUGUUCCUCUGUGAGCUCUGCCAUGCGGCGUCGCUGGCUAGUGGUGCAGCUGCUGAUGCAGACGUGGCUGGCAGCAACUCCCACCACGAGCGAGCGUCCAUGCCCCAAGAGCUGUCGCUGUGAUGGAAAAAUUGUCUACUGCGAGUCAAGCGCCUUUCGUGAUGUCCCCAAGAACUUGUCAGGAGGCUGUCAGGGCCUGUCUUUACGGUACAACAGCCUGGCCAGUCUUAGAGCAGGCCAGUUUGUAGGCCUAAACCAACUCAUCUGGCUCUACUUAGACCACAAUUACAUAGCUACCAUUGAUGGAAUGGCCUUCCAGGGUGUCCGCAGGCUAAAGGAGCUUAUUCUAAGCUCCAACAAAAUCACAAUGCUCCACAACACAACGUUCCACCCUGUUCCCAAUUUGCGUAAUCUGGACCUUUCUUACAACAAGUUGCAAGCCUUGCAGCCCGGGCAGUUCCAGGGUCUGCGGAAACUUCUAAGCCUUCACAUACGCUCAAACUCUCUGAAAAGUAUCCCAGUACGCCUGUUCCAAGACUGCCGGAAUCUGGAGUUUCUGGACCUGGGUUACAACCGACUGCGUAGUAUCACUCGAAAUGCCUUUUCAGGCCUCGUUAAGCUCACAGAGUUGCAUCUGGAACACAACCAGUUCUCAAAGAUCAACUUCUCACACUUUCCCCGCCUCUACAAUCUACGGGCACUAUACCUGCAGUGGAACCGCAUACGUUAUAUGAGCCAAGGCCUGACUUGGACCUGGGCCUCCAUUCAAAAACUGGACUUGUCUGGAAAUGACCUGACAGAAGUGGAUGCUGUGGUUUACCAGUGUCUGCCUAAUCUACAGACCCUCAACCUGGAUUCCAAUAAACUGACCAAUGUCUCCCAGGAAGCAGUUUCUGCUUGGAUCUCAUUGACAACCAUCAGCCUAGCUGGCAAUGUUUGGGACUGUGGCCCUGCCAUCUGCCCCCUGGUGGCCUGGCUGAGAAGCUUCAGAGGAGCAAAGGAGACCACUAUGAUCUGUGCUUCUCCUAAGAAAGCCCAGGGUGAGAAGGUGAUGGAUGCUGUUGAAGCUUUUGGUGUCUGUCAUUCAAACCCAGUCACGACCCACUCUGUAAGCAUUCCUCCGACCACAUCUAAUAUUCCUGCCCAAACAGACCUUCGCCCAGCCCUUCCUGCUUCACCCACUCUUUCUGGAAUGAAAGGACAAGGGUCUGUUGUUGGCCCUACAUCCUCAGCCGUUACCCCACCUCUGGCCUCACCACCUGAGCAAGACUUGGAGCCUGUGUCCUUUCAUAAAAUUGUUGCUGGUAGUGUUGCCCUUUUCUUGUCUGUGGCAAUGAUCCUGCUGGUGAUCUACGUGUCCUGGAAGCGUUAUCCCAGCAGUGUCAAGCAGCUGCAGGAGCACUCGACUGCAGCCCGCAAACGGCGUAAGAAAGCUAGGGAGACGGAGCGCACCUUGAGCUCUCCUCUGCAGGAGUACUAUGUGGACUACAAACCAACCAAUUCAGAGGCCAUGGAUGUGCUUGUCAAUGGGACCGGGCCCUGCACCUACACGAUCUCAGGCUCCCGAGAAUGCGAGCACAUCCAAGGAUAUGAGGUGAAGACGAGCAGAAGGGGACUCGGCUGUUUUUGGUGAGAUUAAAAUGAAGACAG